AUGGAUCUCAUUAAUACUUCAAGACUGCAUGAAACUAAUAAACAGUUCAAGAACAAGAAUGAAGCAACCAAGCUACAUUGGAGAACAUUCUUUAACAACUUCGGCCCAUUCACAUCCAUCAUAUUUUCUAUGCUCAUGUACCUUAUCUUCAGCAAAAAUGAUUUCAAUGGAACUCCUUUUCUUAGAUUUGUAGGCGUACUUUUUCCUUCCUUAUAUUCAUCGAUGGAAUAUUUUCUUCUAUUAUUCGACAGUUGGAGGUCGGACCAUAGAGUGUUGCUUUCAUUACAUGGCGUGCUUUAUCUUCUCCUUAACACCAUCCUUUUUAUGUUUUCUUUCGUUACUAUUAUUUCGACCAUUGCAUUCACUGCUAGUAAGUGGAACGAUAACGAUGAUCCUGCUACCUUCACUAUGGCUAUCCCCUCUUUUUUCGUGUCGUUUGCCUACUUACUAUCUAUCUCUUGUGAUUUUUCGGCAAAGUCGGUCUUAUCAAUUGGCAUGAGCACUAAUGUUCCUAUUGAUUUGUUGAUACUGCUAAUUCCCAUAAUAGGCACAAUACUUCUAAUCGAAAAAUCCAGAUACCACUUCUACUUCUUUAUUGUUCCCGCUAUUCUUAUCCCAGUAAGGUCACUGAAGGAAAGGUACUUUGUAUCUGGGAAAAGUUCUCUGUCUGUUGCGCCAUGGAGAACAAUGGUCUUUGUCUUCAUGCUCAUCCUUGGCGUAUUCGUAUACGCAUUCCUAGCAUAUGGAUCUGUAGAGAUCCUUUAUCAAUACCUCUGUUCAUUCAACAAACCGCCUUCUCAACUGGGGAAUGAAUAA